UAGGCAAAUUAUUAUGGCUUAAAAAUAAAAUCAAUAUUAACCUUGUUAACCAUAACUUUAUGCCAACCCAAUUGGCUUUGAAAAUUUGAUUUACAAUUUCUGUUAUUGUUAAUUUGCAGAAUGCCAAAGUUAAGGAAAAGGAGGGAUGUUCCUUCACAGAGAAAGCGUAAGAAAGUCCUAUCUACUGACUUGCAUAAUGACCAUUCAUAUUGUAUGCCGAACGAGGAAAUAGUUCAGUUAUGUCUUAAAGAAGAAGUAGAAGUGCGUGGAGAAAGGAUUGACCCUGACUUUACUAUGUACACAGCUGAGCCUGUAGGGGACAUAGAAUGUACAUCCUAUGAAGAAGAAGUAGCAACAGUAUCAAUUACAGAACCAUUCGAUAAACUUAAGCAAGAUGUUGUCCAGAGUGGUUGCAUUAGUUCACCAUAUGUUCUACACACAACCAGUGAUUCUAUCAAGAUAAUGCUCUUAUAUCCUUCCGAGGAAAAAAUAUCUGUCAAAUUGAAUGUGAUGAUAAAUAGAGAUUUUUUUGCCAAAGUAUUUGUCCAUAGAAUCCAGCUUAGCCAAGACCAUGACCUAUGGAUUGGUUUACCAAGAGUUUUUGACAGUGUUAAACAUAUCCAGUCUUUACUUUCAAAAUUACAGAGUUAUUCUGUGUGUACAGGAAAUUUCGAGGCAGAUUUAAUGGCUUUCAUACCAGUUGGCACCUCUGUCGAGAACGCAGAAGGUUCUGCAAGUAGUCAAGGUUUUAGAGAAGGUGACUUUGAGGCAGUGAAAGGUACCAUUUCUUACUCGUCCACAGUACGAAGCAUGAACUGUUUACUUCUCGUGCAGGGAAACAGAUGUUCACCAUGUAGUCAAUUACGAAGAGUGUUGAUAAGUCAAAAGCACAGAAGAGAAGAGAAAGAGAGAAAAAGUAAGGAAAAUGUACCAAAUUAUUUGUGUAGUACUAUAGGACAUACCAAGAUGUCUCGACAUGAAUUGAUCACCAAAAUUCACCAGCAGAAAGAUAAGAUUACAACCCUGCAGAGUGAAAUUGACAAAACACAACGCAAGUUUCAACGUGAGGUUAGUAGUAGAGGUGUUACAUUAGACUUCUGUCAGUCACUUGAAAAGCAAGAUACUAUGGCAGCAUGUUCAACGGAAAUAAUGAAAGCCUUUCCUGAUGCCAAUUCGUAUCAACGCCUUUUCUGGGCAGAACAACAAAAAAGCACUAAUGUGAAGUCCUUGAAGGGUAUGCGAUGGCACCCAAUGAUAUUGAGAUGGUGUUUGUACUUGCGUCACAAAUCAAGUACAGCAUACGAGGCUUUAAGAGAUUCUGGUUUCAUUACUCUUCCAAGUUCAAGGACAUUGUUCGAUUAUUCUCAUUACACUAAAAGUGACAAUGGAUUUUUGCCAGAUGUAGUGAAAGAAUUGAAAAAUGAGGCUUCAAAAAGAGACAUGUACAGUAAAGUUGAUCCGUGGAAGAAUUUUGUUGGACUUCUUUUUGAUGAAAUCAAAGUAAAAUCUGACUUAGUGUACGAUAAGCAUAGUGGCGAACUAAUUGGAUAUUGCAAUCUAGAUAAGGUCGGAAACCAGAUUAUGAACUUUGAAAGAAAUAUGAAAGAUACAAGUACUACAGAGACAGAUUCAGACAUUGCCAAAUACAUGCUUGUGUUAAUGGUGAGAGGUGUUGCCACAGACUUGAAAUUCCCUUUAGCAGGCUUUGCUACCUUAAGUAUUACUGCUGACUUUCUGUAUCCGAUUAUUUGGAAGGCUAUACGCAUUUUAGAAACUGGCUUUGCUCAACUAAAAGUACUCUUUCUGACUUGUGAUGGUGCAUCUGCAAAUAGGAAGUUCUUCAACAUACAUGGACAGGUGAAUGAAUUUAUUCAUUACACAAACAAUCCUUAUGCCGAUGACGAAAGGAAACUUUAUUUCAUCUCAGAUGUUCCCCAUCUUGUGAAAACAACUAGAAACUGUUUCAGCAAUUCUUAUUCACACAAAAACACAAGAAAAAUGUGGAAAGAUGGGAAAGAUAUUUCGUGGAUGCAUCUGUUGAAAUUGUUUGAAGACCAUUGCGAACUAUCACUCUACAGUCCGUGUCCAAAAUUGACAAGAAGUCACCUUGACAUGACAACCUAUGGUUACAUGAAAGUCAACAUUGCAGCACAAGUUUUGAGCUCCACAGUAGCCAAUGCCCUUGAAAUGAUGUAUGGAGAUAAUGUAACCGAGACAGUAAAUUUCAUCAGAAUUAUGAACAAAUUUUUUGAUUGUUUGAAUGUUAGAAACCUAUAUGAAGGUAGAAAUAAGAGAAAUCCUGACCUUGAACCAUUUACAACUGUCAAUGAUGAAAGAUUACAUUGGUUGAGAGUAGAUUUUAUUAAGUACUUUGAUUCCUGGGAACAAUCGGUGAUGCAAAGAGCUGGUAAUUUUACAAGGAAACAACGCAAAGGAAUGCUAUUGAGUCAUCAAACAUUGGCAGGUUUUAAAAUCAGCGUGUUUUCAAUUGUAGACUGUGUUAAAUUUCUAUUAGAAUCUGGCGCCAAGUUUGUCCUCACACAUCAUUUUAACCAAGAUCCCUUGGAACAACAUUUUGGACACUACCGACACAGGGUUGGGGACAAUAACAACCCUACAGUGAAUGAUGUUCGUCAUAUGAUGACCUCGAUGAGAGCGGUUGGAGCUCAAGCUUUGGCACCCAAACGAGGAAAUGUCAGUAACCAGAGAGACAGGAACUUUGUGAUUGAUAACACUUCUCUACCUAAGCGCAGAACAUAUUAAUUUUAUUAAUGCAAGAAGUCUUUUUGUACAAGUAUAAUUUACAUGUAUGCCUGUUAUAUAUAUGUAUUUAUUUCCAAUUAAUGUGGUAUUUUUUUUUUAUGCAAUUCUAAUUACAGUAUAUGAGUGUUUGGUAGUUUAUAAACAUUUACAUGUACAAAAUGUAAACUUGAAAAGUGUACUGUACACAUGGUACAUACAUGUACAUGUAUGAUUGCUGGUAUGCUUUAUAGUAUAUACUAAAAAUAGUCUUAGUAAACCAUUGAUGCUUGUGAAAUAGUGAAAAGGAUACUCUCAAUGAUUACAAUGUACCUUUUGAGACAAACAUUUGUAAGGGUGCAAGUUUUAAUAUUUAUUUUUAUGGCCUAAGUAAUUGAUUUCACCAAAAAAUUCUAUAUUUGAAUCAAGAGUUGUACAAAUCGAACAAGUCUUGAAUUUGUAGUUCAGUCCAUGCAUUUGAUAGAGUUUUCCGUGGUAUGAUGAACAUUUUUACUAACACAUAUGUGUGUGCAAAUUUGAGAUAUUAAACACUGUUUGUGAUUAUUUGUUGUGUUCCUAUUUGUCAUCUAAAUAUUUACCGUACAUGAAGGAUUUGGUGUUUUUGACAAGAUGCAAUACUCAAUACAGUCAUUGACAGUUAAUAGUUAUUUAUAAACCUUUUUGCAUUUUAUACUUAUUUCUAAUUUUUCUAUGUUAACUUAAACAUGUUAAACU